AUGAGAGAGGAAGAAGAGAUAACUCAGAGAAAGAUCGAGAGGGAACAACUUCUACGUGCAAGAACAAGCACCUCGAAGUUACCAGAAAUGAAGAUAUCCCCAUUUGAUGGCAGUGCAAGAGACUGGAUCAGAUUUGAGAAUAUGUUCAAGGCGCAGAUAGAUUCCAAGUCAAUAUCUGACUCAGAGAAAUUUGGUUAUUUGCUAGAGUCAGUUAAACCCAAGGUACGCGAAAAACUUGCUAAUCUGAAGCCAGGGGAGCAAGGUUACCUGGAUACAGGUUCAGGAAGAAACUUUAUAUCGAAAGAGGCUGUUGAGCAGUUAAGGUUGUCUCCUAGUCGACAUGAAACCAGAAAUAUUCUUACUGUGAAUGGGACGAAGAGAACAUCAAUGCCAGUUUUUGAGGUGAAAAUAAAUUCCUUGGACGGUAAGACAAGUGAGAACAUUGAGGUAGCGGGAGCAAAGAUGAGGAUUUUACAACCAUAA